CCAACUCCAUUUCGAUGUGGAAAAGUUUGUUCGAGUUGUUGUUGAGGAGUUGUAACAAUUCACCGGAAUCCAACGGAGGGUUUCCCAGUGAUCGUUUGAGGCUCUUGUGCCUAAUUGAAUUAAUACCGAGUUGAUCAAGUUUCAGCGUUUUUCUGUGCACUCGAGAGUGUCUACUCAAGCCGGCCAAUUUACCGGCCGGAUACAAUCCACUCAAUAAAACAUGCGUUUUAUUACUGACAGUGGAAUCAAUCCGACUGGUGAUUCGAGGAAAAUAAUGUGUGUCUCAUCGAUCAAUUUCGGCGUGACCACUGUGUUUUUUGAGAGUUGACACGCUCGGUUUAAUUGAAAAAGAGAAUGAACGUUUCUUCCGUUCGUCAGAAGUGGGCAUUUUAAUUGAAAAAGUAUGAUAGUGGUGCUGAUUUUUUUCAUCGUUCAGGCUUCCGGGUUCGAGGAUAAUAUCUGCAGAAAUCAAACCAUCUUGCAAACACCUGGCGAUGCUUUAUUAACUGUCUUUGUAGAUGCUACACUUGGCCCUCACUGUAAUGAAUCUUCAUCAAAGGGCUUCCAAGAAUUAACAACAGCGCUUUAUGUAACAACGACAUUGAACAGAGAGGAUUUCGUUCCCGGGAUGACCUUGGGCCUAAGAUUGAUAGACACUUGUCAAGACCCCCGAUCGGUUCUGAAGACCUGCCUGAUGCUGGCCGCAGAGCCUGACUGCGCAUAUGACUAUUACAAUCUCGGAGUACUAGCCCCCGAGGGAUACAUCCCCAUCCUCCAACCCCUCCAAGAAAUCACUGAUCUUCCAGUCGCCUUCUACUUCAACGAUAACAUUACAAAACCAUUAGUGAACAUAGCCAUUGACUUCAUCACCAGGAAAUUCGAGACUGUUGAUGUGCUGUUAACAGACACUGACUUUGCUCAGAACAUCAUUAUUGAUGGUACCAGAGAGGCGGGGAUUUGUGUGGACGGUUUUAAUAAUUUAACGAAACUUGAUAAUACGGAUAAUGGCCUCAUUGUCGCGGCUGGUGAGGAGAGAUCCAUCAGGUCGUGGGUUGGGAGGCACGCGGGGAGGAACACGUGGAUUAUUCUACCACUGGAUGAUUCAGCGCCUGAUGAUGUCGUGCCCAUUGGCUCUUACAUCAUCAGGUCUGCGUCUCUCUCCCUUGACCUUGAGGAUUACCUAACCCCAGAUAACGAUGCCGAGCUAUUUCACUCUCCCCACCUCCUCGCAAUCGGAAAAUCCCUGGUUUCGAUAGCUGAAUUGUUGUCAGACGUCCAGAGAAACAACUGUCCCUCCGGCAUUUGUGCCCUGCCCCCCUUCGACACCAGACUGAUGAAAAAAAUAUCCCCAGAUGACGUGUUCGAGGCACUCAAGACUCCCAAGGACACGAGAACGAUAAAAUACGUAAUUUCGCAGAGAACUGAUGCAGAAGUUGAGGAUUUGGUGGAUGUUUUGUCGUAUCAAGUGGAUGUGGAGACGUUCAAAGUGAUUUCUAAUGUCUCACAGGCACAUGUGACGUCUUGUUGGAGUAAAAAUACUUGUGAAAGUUGUCUCAACUUCAGAAACAAUCCGACGACAACUGAAAUUGUCCCGGCGGUUGAAUCCGCCGAUGAAAAAAGUGGAAUAAGACCUGACUACUGGGUGCCAGUAGUUAUGGUCCUCGUUGCGUUCGGCACUGCUAUAUCCCUGGCCGUGGGGGUUUACAUUAUUUAUAAAUUCUCUUUGAAGGAUCCACUGGACGGCAAUCCCACGCUAACGAUGCUCCUCAUACUGGGAAAUAUCUUUCUUCUGUUCUCCACGACCCCUUUUUGCCUGGAGGAGAAAGUUAUGGGUCAUGAGGAGUUAAACUCCAGGAAGAUAUUCGUAGCUACACUGUCAACAGGAUUUGUAUUUUCAGUAAUGCUCUCUAGGGCCUUUUUUCUAGCCUUCUCCACUGGAGGGGUGUAUACCAGCCAUAUCAAUGGAUAUCUGCAGGGGCUCAUGUUGCUUUUUGUGUUUGGGGUACAAAUUGGAUUGUCGACGACGUAUUUCGCCGUUGCUCCGGGGAAUUCGGAAGAGACUUUGAAGAGUCCUGUAUUCAUAGGAUUAUUGACCUACGAUAUACUCCUGCUUCUGAUACUUCUCGCUGUUGGUUCACUCAUCCACAAAAUACCCCGAAAUUAUCGAGAGGGACAAUGCCUGUUCUUCACCGCGAUAAGUUUGCUAUCAACGUGGUUACUCUGGAUUUUAAUCUUCAUCUGCAUAAAUCGAGAUUGGCGAGACAUUGUUGUUACCUUUGCCCUGAUAUUCACGGCCUACGUAAUAAUAGCUGGUGUCCUUCUACCACGCAUCUACCUCAUGAUAACUCACGUAAAACUCGACAAGACAUUUCAAGGUCACAUUGAGGGAGCAAAUCUGCGCUUCGAGCCCCGAAGACGCACCAUACGCCAGCCACGAAAAUCAUUUUACGAUUACGUUUUGCCGAUGGAGGGGAUAAGAAAUCCCACGGGACUUAAUCCAAGUGGUAAUCCCAAUUUCUACGGGAGUUCGAGCCCCAGUAAUCGACGUGGAGAGACUGAUGGAGGUAUCUCGACUGGUGUGAAUAGCAAAGUGAGUGGAUACAAUAAUUUCGGAUAUCGUAAUGAGGUACACGAGGGGGAGAAUCAUUAUGUCGUGCCGAGAGUUUGCGUCAUACAGAAUAAUGACACCAAAAAAAAUCGUGGAAGUAUAAAAAGUACAACAAGUAGUGAUUCCGACUACGCACAGCCAAACUACCCCGGCAUGAGAGAAAAUUCCCUCGAAGAUGACUGUCUGGAGGCUGAGUUGUAUCUCGACAGUAAGAGGCUCUCCCCGAAGCGAGGACCCAACGAGUCCUACCCCUCGAGGUGUUCAACCCCUCGGCUGUACCAGACUGAAGCAACCAUCGACGAGGAGGACGAGGAGACCGAGGAGUCCUCCAAAGUGACGCGAUUCUAGUCAUUGAAUAAAAAACAAUCAUUGUAAUUUAUAAAUUAACUGUUGUAUCCCAUUGUAAAUAAGAGUGAUUGAUAUUCAAGGAGAAA